AUGCACAGUAUGGAGGAAAAGGAUAACUUCAUGAGGACCACAAACAAGAGCAAGGAGUAUAUUCAAGAUGGGAUUGACUGGACUAACUUAAGUUUUGCAGACAAUACAGAUUGCUUAAGCCUGUUUGAGAAGAAACCCCUUGGGCUGUUAUCUUUACUGGAUGAAGAAUCAAAAGUCCCAACAGCAACUGCUCUGACACUGGCUAACAAGCUUAAGCUUCACUUAAAUACCAACCCAUGCUUUAAAGAGGAAAGCGAAGGAGCUUUUACAGUUCGCCAUUGUGCUGGACAAGUUUCAUAUGACACAACUGGUUUCUUAGAGAAAAACAGAGAUCCAUUGUGCUUAGACUCUAUCCAAUUGCUUCUAUCGUGCAAUUGUCAGCUUCCGAAGUUAUUUGCAUCCCGUAUGCUUAAUAAAUCUCAAAACCCAGUUGGUAAUCAGUCAUGGGUUGAUAAUGUUAAUCCACAAAGUCAAAGUGCGGGGACAAAGUUUAAGGUUCAGCUGUUCAAACUAAUGCGGCAGUUGGAGCACACCACACCUCACUUUGUUCAAUGCAUCAAACCUAAUACUAAGCAGCUUCCUGGCGUUUAUGAACAUGAUCUUGUCUUACAACAGCUUAGAUAUUGUGGCGUAUUAGAGGUUGUCAGGAUAUCAAGAUUCGGUUAUCCAAUGAGAAUGAUUCAUCAGCAAUUUGCCAAUAGAUAUGGCUUUCUUCUCUUGAAGGAUGAUGGUUGUCAGGAUCCACUCAGUGUUUCAGUGGCUAUUCUGCAUCAUUUCAACAUUCUUCCUGAGACAUAUCAAGUUGGGUUCACAAAAUUAUUUUUCCGAACAGGACAGGCUGCUGCUUUGGAGGAUAUUAGACAGCGCAUCAUGUGUGGGAAUCUUGUGGUGCAAAAAUAUUGCCGUGGUCUUCAAGCACGCCGCUCUUUCAAAGAUCUCAAGGAUGGAGUUCUAACAUUGCAAUCAUUUAUCCGUGGUUGGCUUGCAAGAAAGCAUUUUGCAGUCCUUAAAACGGUGGAGAUGUCCAGGCUAAAUCAUAUUAAUGUGGAUCAAGGGCUGGACAAUAACUUACAAGAUAUAGAGGAUUGCCGGAAGGAACAAGUUCAGAUGUAUCAUUCCAUUCCAACAGAUUUACAAAGGCGGCUCCUCAAAGCUGAGGCAACACUAAGGCAAAAAGAAGAGGAAAAUGUGGAAUUGCAACAGCAGCUUCAGGAACGUGAAGUAAGGUGGUCAGAAUAUGAAAGACAAAUGAAAUCGAUGGAAGAGAUGUGGCAGAAACAGAUAUCAUUCUUGCAGGAAAGCUUAACUGCAGCAAAAAGGAAGCUUGCUGCUGGUGAAACGACAAAUCAAUAUAAGAAGUUAGAUUUACCUCCAAAUCGCCACAACUAUGACUCUGAAGAUGGCAUGUCAUCUGAUGCGCAUACACGACGAGGCGUGCACACACCAGAAGGGACACCAGCCAGAGUUCCUCAUGCUGCAACAGCAAAAGAUUCUAAUGGUACAACAAAUGUUAUCAGCAACCUUGCAAAGGAGUUUGAACAACAGAAAAAGGUUUUUGAUGAUGAUGUUGGAGUCCUAGUUGAUAUAAAAUCAGGGCAGUCAGUUUCAGCUGGUAAUCCUUAUGAAGAAUUUCGUAAAUUAAAGGUUUGCUUUACUGCUUGGAAGAGGGAUUACAAAGCUCGGCUACGUGAGACUAAGGCAUCCCUUCAAAAGAUUGGCCAUUUCGAGGGGGAAAAAGCCCGCAGAAAAUGGUGGGGCAAGAUCGGUGCAAAAACAUAAUUCACCCUUAAAUGAAGUGUGGUUAACCUCAUCUUCGACGCUGACAUUCAUUUGGAACAUAAAGUCGAGCAGAGGGACAAUUAAGAAGGCAUGAUUACCUCGAACGCAUUGAUCAUAUUGAACUGUCUUCCUAUUCUACAGUACCUGAAAUGAUUAUCAGUCAUUCGACUCUUUGUUCGUCGUGUUGCAAAGUGGUUAGUUCCUUGUUAAUAGCUAACAAGAUGUGUAAGAGGCAAGAUGGUUGUAUGGUUUUUGUUGCUUGUUUCCGGUAUAAUGUGGAACAUCAGAUGUAAGAAAUUAUUCAAUUGUACAGAAACUAACCAUUAUGUUGGAGGAAGAAUAUAGAUACAGUUUAUAAACAUCAAG